UUUUGUCUGUGCCUCACGCCUCGCUGUCAAGCACGGGCCUCGCGCUGCUUUGCUGUUAGAUUUGCAUGGAGUCUAUUUUCGUCACGAAACUCAAAUAACCCAGUGAGUGCGUCUGUCCUGACUUUGCACAGGUGAUCUCCACUCAGAAGAGCUGCAGGUCACGCAGAUGCAGCUUCCUGGACUAACGUCACUGUGAAUACCCUGCGUGAAGUGGAAGGAAUGGGAAGAAGAGUGACACACGAGGUAGCGAAGGAAAAGGAGGACAAGGAUGUGCAAGAUGGCAUUCAAGACAGCCGUGAAGACCGUCACGCCUUGGAGGUGGACGGUGACGCAAGGCUAGCCGGAGUCACCACAUUUGAAGAACUGAUGAGAAUGGCUGGAACACGAGGACCGUGGAAUAUUGCUAUCAUUAUCAUAUGUACUCUGGGAAAUAUUGCUGCCCCAACAAAUACCAUGACGUACCACUUCCUGGGUGCCACUCCUGACCAUUGGUGCUCAGUACAGCCACUCAUCGAUGCCAAUUGGACUACCGAACAAAUAAUUUCUCUUGCAAUCCCCACAAACAAUGCCACGGGAAAGUAUGAAGAGUGUCUCAUGAGGGACUAUGACUACCGUGGCGCAGCUGCAUUGGGCUAUGAGACUACUUUCGUUAACCUAUCUGAAGCAGUGAUGGACACACAGGCUCUCAUCGCUUGCCCCUCCCGAACCUUUAAUUAUAGUCAGCACGCGGUAACCACCGUCACUGAGUGGGACCUGGUGUGUGACCGACGGUACCUGUAUUCCACGACGCAGACGGCGACCUUCCUCGGUCAUUUCAUAGGAAAUUUGUUUUCGGGACAUCUUUAUAAUGUGACUGGGCGGCGUCGUGGUGUGCUCAUCUCGCGUAUAGUGAACAUCAUUUUUAACUUCCUUGCUGCCGCUGCUCCUGAUGUUUACACCUAUAUAGUGUUGAGAGUAAUAAUACAAAUUACUCAAGCAAUGUGCUACAUCGGCUGCUUUAUAAUAGCCAUGGAAAUCUGCGAUGAGUCACAGAGGAAUGGCGUAGGUUCCCUAUUUCCACUACCGUGGGCAUUUGGCUGUAUGGUGGUACCAGGCAUCGCUUACUUGGUCAAACCUUGGAGGUGGCAGCAAGUCUCAUACUCUUUUCUUAGUUUGAUUACUCUCUUAUGCUGGUUCUUGCCUGAGUCCCCUCGCUGGCUGAUCUUCAAGGGACGUCAUGCCGAGGCUCUCAGUAUACUCAAAACAGCUGCCAGAGUUAACAAGAAGAGUCUGCCAUCGGAGGAGGUGCUAUUUGCUGCAAUGAGGAACAUCAUGCAAAAGGAAGGUAACCCAGUAAAGGAAGAAAGUGGAGGUGCACUCACUUCAGGUUUCUGUCACUACAUCAGGACAGCAUGGAAGUACUCCAUACUGGUGUUCACAACCCGAGGAGUGAGGUUGAGGGCUCUGUUGCUGUACUACAUUUGGGUUGUCACUACUGCUCCUUACUAUUCACUCAGCCACUUCUCCAGCAUCAUUAAUACAAACGACUACGUGUACAGCUUCCUGUCUGCGGCUGUGGAGGUGCCUGCCUACCUUGGUCUGUGGCCGGCCAUCACCUACCUGGGCAGAAGAGUGACUCUCGCAAUGCUUUUACUGCUCACUGGAACUUGCGUCUCUGUUGUGACACUUUUCUUGAUACUCCAGGAUGAAGUUCCUGCCGAGUUGAAGGUGUUCUUCUCCCUGAGUGGCAAGAUGGCCAUCACAGCGAGCCUGCAAUUAGUGUGGGUGUUCACCGGCGAGCUCUUCUCCACCAAUCACAGGACGCGUAUUGUUGGGGAGGCCAGCAUGAUUGCGAGGGUCGGCAGCAUGAUGGUUCCUUACAUCAAUGACCUUCUGGGCCGUGUGUACCCGUGGGCGCCCGGUGCAAUGCUGAGCGUGGCAGUGAUCAUCGCCGCAGGAUUGGUUUUUCUUCUGCCGGAGACUGCCAACCGUAAACUCACUCAGAAUGAAAAUGAGGAAUUCACGGAGCCGGAAACUUCCAACCUUAGACCCACUCAGAAUGAAUAUGAGAAAGUAACGGAAGAGGAGAUCAGCCUUUCUGUCAUCUGACCAACAAGAAAUGUAAAGAACACUGGCAGGCGCUAGGAAGUUUUCAUGAUUCCUCUCAUCUGGAAUACCAAUCAAGCUUAGAUCUCUGAUAGUAAAAGUUUAUUGCCUGAAAUGUAUUUGCCAAAUCAGUUAAAAUUAAAACUACCAAAUGUAAUAAAAAUUAAUUUGCCAAACUAAAUGAAGCUCAAGUACAGUUCAUAAUUUAGUAUCCACAUGGUGAUGACAAUAAAACGUCCUUCCUGCAACAACUUUCUAAUGUUAACCAAAGCAGCAUUCACUGCUUCUGGUGUACCUACCUGUCUGUUGGGCAUCUCUCCUCCUCUAAGUCUCUCUUUUCCUCUUUGAGGGGUAAAUAUUUAUGGCUUUAAUGUUCCACUGUGUUCUGCUUCCUGUAUUCUCUUUACUAACCAGAGCUGGCUGUUGUGUUUGACUCCACAAUCAAUCCGUUCUGGCGACAACCUUGUAAUUUUCCACCAUCUUUAUGAUUUAAUUUAUCUGUGCCUUACAUCAGUCAUUUUCGUACUGACUGGAAAACCGUGACAGUCUUUCAAUAUUUAACUUAAUAUGAAGUGCAUUUCAAUUUAUUAAUCUUAUGGUAAAUUUUCCACCAAAGCAAAUCACGAAGCACAACAGUCAUUUACUGUAACUGUUUACUUGUUAAAUGUUAUUUGUUACUGUAGCUGUUAUUGCUUAACGUCAGUAACCAUGACUUGUUGGUCCAGGUCGCAGUGUCUUGCAAUGCUUCCAUUUUGAAUUAUGAUGCUUGAGUGAAGAUAGUACAAUGAACCAGUUCAACUAUAACGGAAAUUAGAAGUGUGUAGUACUAGUAGGCUAAUGAAUGGUGCCUGGAUUCACUGAUGAGUUACGAAUCUUAUAAGUACUUAAGAAAUUCGCAUCACCUUUAAUGAUGAGUCACUAAACACAACUUCUUAAGGUACCCGCUUUCUUCCUCAAGUUAAGAACAAUUGUAGUGACUACAUCAGACGGCGCGAUCCUAAUAUAUGAACGUUUCAUCUCCACUAUACAACCCACAAAAA